AUGCUUCCCAAGUUGCAAUUGGCCGCUGGCCUUCUUGCGGCGCAGGCUCUCGCAGCUAGGCCGUCCACGGAGCCUCUCUUCUCGUACACGCCUAAUUUGCUGCCUCUGCAGAAGAAUGCUGGUUCCGCGGACCUGUUCCCCAUGGGGAAGUGCAAUGGCUUCAAGCUGGAGGAGGCUACCAUUGAUGAUAUGCAAAAGGCGAUGCGAUCGGGCAAGCUCACUUCUGUGCAGCUGGUGACUUGCUAUCUCACCCGGACUUACCAGACCCAGGAGUACAUCAACUCCGUGAUGCAGGUCAACCCCGACGUCUUCGCCAUCGCCGCCGAGCGCGAUGCCGAGCGUUCCCGAGGCAAGGUCCGCGGUCCUCUCCACGGCAUUCCCUUUACCGUCAAGGACAACAUCGGAACUAAGGACAGCAUGGAGACCACUGCCGGUAGCUGGGCUCUUCUUGGUAGCGUCGUACCUCGCGAUGCGCACGUCGUCAAGAAGCUCCGCGAGGCUGGCGCUGUGCUUUUCGGCAAGGCUGCUCUGAGUGAGUGGGCUGAUAUGCGCAGCAAUGACUACUCUGAGGGUUACUCUGCUCGUGGUGGUCAGGUUCGCAGCGCGUACAACUUUACUGUGAACCCUGGUGGUAGCUCUUCUGGCAGCGGUGCCGGUGUUGCUGCCAACGCUAUCGCCUUUUCUCUGGGCACUGAGACCGAUGGCAGUGUCAUCAACCCCGCCAACCGUAACGCCCUCGUUGGCUUCAAGCCUACCGUCGGCCUGACUUCCCGCGCUGGCGUCAUCCCCGAGAGUGAGCACCAGGAUUCUGUCGGCGCCUUUGCCCGCACCGUCAAGGACGCCACCCUCGUUCUCGACGGCAUCUACGGAGUCGACAAGCGCGACAACUACACUCUUGCUCAGAAGGGCAAGACUCCCCGGGGCGGAUAUGCCCAGUACCUUACUAACAAGGAAGCCCUCAAGGGCGCCGUCUUUGGUCUUCCUUGGGAGAGCUUCUGGGUGUACGCCGAUGAGGAUAUGCAGAAGCAGCUUCUUGAGCUUGUCGAUCUUAUCAAGUCUGCUGGCGCCACCGUUAUCAACGGCACCGAGAUUACCAAUUACGAGACCCUCGUCAGCCCAGACGGCUGGAACUGGGACUACGGUACUGUCCGAGGCUUCCCCAACGAGUCCGAGUACACCUAUAUCAAGGUCGACUUCUACAACAACAUCAAGACGUAUCUGUCCGAGGUCAGCAACACCAAUGUCAAGAGCCUGGAGGAUAUUGUCAAGUUCAACAAGGAGUUUGACGGCACUGAGGGUGGAUAUCCUUACAAGGAUGGCAAGGGUCAUCCCGCUUUUGCUUCUGGACAGGACGGAUUCUUGGCUUCUCUUGAGACCAAGGGAAAGCAGGAUGAGACCUACUUCCAGGCUCUCGAAUUCUGUGUGUCUUCCUGCCGCAAGGGUAUCGACGACGCUCUCACCUACAAGGGAGAGAAGCUUGCCGGUCUUCUCGUCCCCCCUCAGGUUGCCCAGGCUCCUCAAAUCGCUGCCCAAGCUGGAUACCCCGUCAUCACCAUCCCCGGUGGUUACUCUUCCGAGUCUGGCAUGCCCUUUGGUCUGGCCAUCAUGCAGACUGCCUUUGCUGAGGCUGAGCUUGUCAAGUGGGCCAGUGCCAUUGAGGAUCUUCAGAAGAGUGCUGAUGCUCCUUCUAAGCGCCAGAGGCCCACGUGGAGGGGAUAUCUUGAGCGCAAUGUCCCUGUUCCUUUCUAA